AUGGCGUCCGCGGAAGAUGGCCGUGCCCCUCCUGGGGCUGUCUUCAACCUGCCCGAUCACGAGCUCAUCACUAAGUUCCUGCGGCCAAAGGUGGCCGGGCUGCCGAUCGACGACCACCACAACAUCCACGACUUUGACGCAUACUCCUUGUCACCCGACCAACUCGUUGAGGAGCGCGAGGAGGCGUUGGGGACCGACAACCACGACGGGAAAGGGGGUCACUGGUACUUCUUCACACCGGUGCGUCGUCACAAGGCAAAGAACGGCCGCGGGAGGCGGCAGCGUGCCGUCGGCGAGGGUUACACAUGGCACUCGGAGCAUCGCGAGGAGCCCGUAUUUGACGAAGAAAAUAACUGCGUUGGCUACAAGAUGGAGCUCUCCUACCAGUUCAAGGAGUCGCCGCGAGCUAGACCUACCAGGCUCGGAUGGUGCAUGACGGAGUACCGCCUCAACGACGAUGCCGCCGGUCUGGUCCUAUGCAGGGUCUGCGUGUCGCGCCACAAGACGGAGACGACGUACGACUCGGUAAUCAAGGCCAUGGAGGAUUGCAACAAGAGGAAGGCCAUGGCGGAUUGCAACAAGAGCAAGGCCAUGCCGGAUUGCAAGAAGAGGAAGGCCGGCGACGAUCCACACCCGGACGUGAUGGAUUUGCCCAAGGAGGAAGAAGACUCACGAUAUGAAGAGCACACAGGAGAUUGGCACUGCACAACUUGUGCCUUUUUCUGUCUCACUUUCUCUUGUACAAACUGA